AUGAAAUCUUUGUUUAGCUGCUGUACAAAAGGAACUUCUGUUUUCUGUCCAGCCUGCUUUAAAAUAAAAACCAGCAACUGGCCCAUUGCUACCCUGAAUAUGAACAACUGCAACAACACAGAUGAUAAAAAAGGUAACAAGGAGAUAAAGAAAGAUGACAAAAAAGAUGAUGGAAAUAAAGACAAAGAUGGAAAAAAGGAUGAGAAGAAAGAGGAAAAGAAAGAUGAUAAAAAAGAUGACAAGAAGAAAGAGGAAAAACCAAAAGAAUAUUGGAUCAUGGACCCAGCAACAGAUUUGUACUACCACUGGCUUACAAUUGUUGCUGUACCGACUUUCUACAAUUUAAUGAUGCUUGUGACCAGAUCCUGUUUCAAUGAGCUGCAAAGUAAUUACUAUAAGAUAUGGGCAGCACUGGACUAUACUUCAGAUGUCAUCUACUACAUUGACACAUUUGUGAGAUCAAGAACAGGUUUUCUGGAGCAAGGCUUGCUGGUUAAAGACGCUAAGACGUUAUGGGAGCACUACAAAAAGACACCACAAUUUAAAUGUGACCUUAUAAGCAUGAUCCCGACAGAUUUAAUAAUGCUGAAAGUGGGCCUCGACAAUCCUGAACUGAGAUUUAAUCGCCUUCUCAAACUGUCCCGCCUCUUUGAGUUCUUUGACAGGACUGAGACAAGAACCAACUUCCCCAACAUCUUUCGUAUCGGCAACCUAGUACUUUACAUCAUAAUUAUCAUCCACUGGAAUGCUUGCAUCUUUUUUGCUAUCUCUAAAACACUUGGCUUUGGGACAGAUGCCUGGGUCUACCCUGACAUCACUGAUCCUGAGUAUGGGCGUCUGGCAAGGAAGUACAUCUACUGCCUGUACUGGUCCACGCUCACCCUGACCACCAUCGGAGAGACCCCACCUCCCGUUCGGGAUGUUGAGUAUUUGUUCGUUGUUGCUGAUUUUCUCAUUGGCGUACUCAUUUUUGCCACCAUUGUUGGUAACGUUGGUGCCAUGAUCUCCAACAUGAAUGCCUCACGAGCUUUAUUCCAAGCCAAGAUUGACUCGAUUAAGCAGUACAUGCAGUUCCGUAAAGUCAGUAAAGAUUUAGAGGCUCGUGUUGUUAAGUGGUUCGACUACCUCUGGACAGAGGAAAAGACCUGCGAUGAAAAAGAAGUACUUAAGUACCUUCCGGAUAAGCUUAAAGCAGAGAUUGCCAUCAAUGUGCAUUUGGAAACACUGAGGAAGGUGCGCAUCUUUCAGGACUGUGAGGCAGGACUGCUCAUCGAGCUAGUGCUCAAGCUUCAACCGCAGGUCUUCAGCCCUGGAGACUAUAUCUGCAAGAAGGGUGACAUUGGUCGUGAAAUGUAUAUAAUUAAAGAAGGUAAACUGGCUGUGGUAGCAGAUGAUGGCGUGACACAGUUUGUCGUACUCGGUGAUGGUGCCUACUUUGGUGAGAUCAGCAUUUUAGGCAUUAAAGGUAGUAAAGCUGGGAAUCGGCGAACUGCGAACAUCCGCAGCGUUGGAUAUUCAGACCUCUUCGCUCUUUCCAAAGACGAUCUCAUGGAGGCCCUUACUGAGUAUCCAGAUGCAAAGACGGUUCUGGAGGAAAAGGGUAGGGCUAUUUUGAUGAAGGAUGGCUUGAUUGACGAGUCAGUGGCCAAACAGGUAGAUGCUAAAGACAUGGAGGACAAGGUAACCAUGCUGGAGACGAAUCUAGAGGUGAUGCAGACCAAAUUUAUGCAUUUAUUAACAAAGUGGGCAGCUAGUCAGGGUAAGAUCAAACAGAGGAUCAGCAACAUGGAAGCUAGAGUUAAACCACUGUGGGAGGUGAAACAAGAUGAUGAUUAA